AUGGAGGCCGGCAAGGAACAAGAAUUCGCCCUUGUAUUACUAUCUCGAUCCCUUCCAGCUUCAUCCUUAUUUGUUUGCGUUGGUGAGCCUCUUACUCAGUGUCCCUUUUUGCUCGCACUCGCACUGUCUAAGGCGCAGGAGGCCCCUUAUAUUCUUGGUCCACUAGCCUGUUGUAUUGCCUCUCUACUGUCGAUGCCUGCAGAUCGGGAUAUUCUCUGCAAGGCAUUUCUGGUGGGCCGCACACUUAGGGCCACAAUUCCACCGCUGGAUCCAGGGAGACACUCUGUGACAAUCACAAACAGUCAGGGGGAAACUUACUUCGUUCAAGUUGGUGGCCUCCCUGGCAACAGCACCGAAAACUCAGAGACACAAUCACUUCCCCUAGUUGUGGUGGCCUACCCUCCGAGCCGAAAGCAGCCAAGACUCUGCUACAGCGCCAAAGGGAUGCGACGUAGGCCAAACCGUGAUGAUGAUGCCUCUUGGAGCUUUGAAGGCCCCUUCUCAGGUGCAGGGGCCUGUGGUCCUUACACGCCAGCAGAGCUAGAAGAGUUUGUUGCAGCCACAGAGAGACAGAUGUGGGGGCCCAACAAGCCAGUGGUCCCCUUUAGUAACGCCUUGAGGAGUGAUGUAAAGAAGGGCAAGAAGGCUCAGUCCUUCGAUGACAGACUGCGGAAGUGCCUUCAGAUGGCCUAUGGCCAGAGAACAGCCCUCACGCGUCCAGCCGAAAGUGUCCCCUCAUUUGUCCCGGAUGACCUUUCAGAGUGCCGCAUACCCCUUGCGUUUAAGGCCUCUCUCUAUGCUUCCUGUCAGCCUUCGACGAGGAUGGCAAUUGCCUCUUUCCAUUCUCAGAUGUUCGAGUUCAUGCCCUUUGGGGUUGUCUCGGCGCACAUCUUCAUGAAGUCGCAUCCUUCAGAUAAAAUAACUAUCUUCGCCUUCACAAUAACUCCGCCAGACAGCAAGAGUAAGCUGCCUCACUGUCUUUUUGUUUCUGCCUCCUAUCCUGCCAUGUGGGGGCCCCUGUCUCUCGAUGUCGUACUCGUCGACCAUUUUUCGUGGCAUUACUCGACCCCGCCCCUUUUCUCGCCACUCUCCAUUUGUCCACUAUGCUCUCUCUCUCUCUCUCUCAAUUUUACUGCAGUGUCCGAUUCAAACGCAGUAGCCUACUAUCCCUCCGUUGUCUCUGCAUUCUCAGGCCGCACUGUUCCCGUGUGCUCCGAGCCUCCUAAUGUAGCCUCUCUAGAUCGCUUUGAGGCCUCCGAGAGACUUUGUGCAGACACUCGCCACUGGAGACACGUAGAUACGAGCGUUCCCCGGAAGAACGCAGAGGCCGCAGCCUACGUCUUUGGCACGUCAGGGGAUUCCCAGUGCCCGGUUCCCCAGUCUUUGAGAUAUUCGAAACACCCCCACAAGGAAUACCCCGAGGGCAUUGAGAUUGCACCCUACGUCUUCCUGUACUUUGAGCCUUGGCCGGUAGCCGAUCUCCCCAUUCCAGAGCCAAAACUCCCGAAAAUGAAGAGCGAAGGCGUGCAUGGGCAGUCACCAGCUCCAAAGUCUGUCCCUGGCGGCACUGCAACAGUGAAGCCCUUAGGAACAACUGCUGCAGAUGAUUGUGCAGCAGAUGAAGGCCCAUACUUCUCAGUUACCUUGUGCGUGGGCAAAUACAUUUUCUCGUCCGUUAUAGGCGUGCACCGACGUGUGCUGUCCGCGAUCUUCAACGACUGGUUAAAGGAAGUGCCCCAUAAGAAGGAAGCAGAGCAGCAAUUGGUGAGGAUGAAGCUCAAAGACGUCGUGAAACCGAUACUUAACGGGGCAUCUCUGGCAGGCAAGGCAUUCUAA